AUGACUGAAACAUCUGAUUCCUCAAAAUCUACCUUCGACAUUAACGUAUGGUCUAAGGCAGUUCAAGGAAUAAAUGUUUCUGACGAUGAAUUGCAGGCAGUGGUCGAGAAUUAUCUUAUUUGUAACGCACUGGAGGAGACGUUGGUUUGUUUUAGGAAGGAAUCGCAUUUGGACACAACUAUUGACAUGCCGCCGAUAAAUUUCCGCAAGAAAAUAACUGAAGCCAUCCUUUCUGGUGAUGUAACUCAUGCAAUUGAACUUAUAGAUGAAUUGGAUCCAGAAAUUCUGCAAAUUAAUUAUGAAAUAACAUUCCUACUCAAGCAGCAUCAUUUAAUUCAUUUGAUACAAAAGAACAACGCAUUGGAAUCGCUCAACUUUGCUAAAACAGAACUAGUUCCCUGUAUAAAAGAUAAUGUAUCACUCGAAGCAAAUCUCGAAGAAGCUUUAUCACUUCUAGUAUUUUCUGAUAAAACAUGCCCAGAAGCACAACAAUUGAUUAGGGAAUUGGAUAGGAAACAGGAUACUGCUGAACGUGUGGAUCAGAUGUUGCUUAAACAUUACAAAGUUGAUUCAAAACCACUUCUAACAAGCAUUAUUCAGGAAAUGAAAAAGACUCAGGGAUCUCUAACAGGUAAAUUGGCAGUGGAUGUACCAACAUUGGAACAAUUGUCAAGGGGGGGGUUUUUGACUGGUUAA